AUUACUGGACCCCGUGCCUCGCCAAGGGAAAGAAGAUUGUUUUACCAUACCGACGGUGUUUUUAUUCGCUAUAUAUACAUUCAAGAGACUUUGGGCGAUCGAAUAUUCAAAUUCAUGGAAUAUAAUUAUUUGGAAGGGUUGUUUCUUUACCUUCUCUAUCUGCUCUUUGGUUGAGGAAAGAGCCCUGCCGCAUGCGUUGUCAGGCCAGUGUUGGUUGUUCUGAGUUAAAGGAACAACAGCAGCUUCCCGUGCUUACUUUGCACUGUGGAAGUCUAUUCUUUGGACGGAAAUACAAUGCCAGGAGACAUCAAUGUGAAUAUUGUUGUUGUAAGAAUCAACAAUAGCCCAUGAUGUGGGCUGAACUUCAUUUUGUUAUGGGAUAACGGUGAUAUCGUUGCCAUAAUAACGGGUUGAUCAACAAUGAUUUGAGUUUAACAGUAUUUGAAAGAAUUCUGAAUUGUUAUAAUACUGUAACAUAUUGAAUAUGCCACCUCAGGGUCUGCUUGACUCACAAGAACACACCAAGGGACCUAAGUAAACACAACAAUUCAAGUCCUAUGCAGUAGAAUGCACUGAUGAUCUUCGUAUUGCUGGAUAUUUAUUCCUUUGUCAACUAGCUAUCUGAAGAAGGCAGGCUUGAAAAUGGCAUCCUUUUUCAAUUUCCGUAAAAUCUUUAAAUUGGGUGCUGAGAAGAAGAAGAAACAGUAUGAGCAUGUCCACAGAGAUGAGAACCCAGAGGAGAUAUGGGAGAUCAUUGGAGAACUGGGGGAUGGAGCCUUUGGAAAAGUCUACAAGGCCCAGAACAAGCUGACAGGCAUUCUGGCUGCAGCUAAAGUGAUCGAUACCAAGACGGAGGAGGAGCUGGAGGACUAUAUGGUAGAGAUCGAUAUCCUGGCCUCCUGCGACCAUCACAACAUAGUGAAGCUGCUGGACGCCUUCUACUACGACAGCAAGCUAUGGAUCCUGAUAGAGUUCUGUGCAGGUGGAGCGGUGGAUGCCGUCAUGCUGGAGCUAGAGAGGCCCCUGACGGAGCCCCAGAUCCGGGUGGUGUGUAAGCAGACCCUCCAGGCCCUCCUCUACCUCCAUGACAACAAGGUGAUCCACAGAGACCUGAAGGCUGGGAACAUCCUGCUAUCCCUGAACGGAGACGUCAAACUGGCUGACUUUGGUGUGUCAGCCAAAAACACCAAAACACUACAGAGGAGAGACUCUUUCAUCGGGACGCCAUACUGGAUGGCCCCGGAGGUGGUGAUGUGUGAGACGUUUAAGGACCGGCCGUACGACUACAAGGCUGACAUCUGGUCCCUGGGGGUGACUCUGAUCGAGCUGGCCCAGAUCGAGCCUCCCAACCACGAGAUGAACCCUAUGAGAGUCCUGCUGAAAAUAGCCAAGGCCGAUCCUCCUACCCUGAUGCAGCCGUCGCGCUGGUCUCCAGAGUUCAGUGAUUUCCUAAGAAAGUGUCUGGAUAAGAAUGUGGACAACAGAUGGAAUGUGGCACAACUUCUACAGCAUCCAUUUUUGAGUACUGUGACAGACAGCAGACCAUUGAGGGAGCUGAUUGCUGAAGCAAAGGCUGAGGUUUAUGAGGAGAUUGAGGAACACAAGGAGGAAGAGGAGGAGGAGGAAGGAGAGACUCAACGGGGUCACAAACGUGCACUGUCCGAUGCCAGCGUUGCCAGCUCGGAGGAUGAGAAAUUCCCUCAGUCUCCCUCAGCUUCCAUCUUGGAGUCUUUACCGGAGAAGGCUGAACCGGUUAUCCCAACACCACAGAUUGUUGAAAAGAUCCCUGAACCAAGUGUCGUCAAGCCAGAGGAGAACCAUGUUGUGGACACUAGCUUCGUCGAGGAGCCCACUGUCCCUGCAGAAGUAGAGAAAAUGGAUGAGACCCUUAGCGUUUCAAUAAAUGGAGAGACAACAGAAACCAGUGAGAAACUAGUGGAGGUGAAGGAAGAGGAGGAGAAUGUUCCAGAAAUAGCAGAGGUUACCCCAACAGAACCCAGUGAGAUAGCUUCUUCAGAACCAGCUGAGAAACCAGCAGAGCCCCACCCAGAAGGAACCAUUUCCAAUGCUGAAGUCACCACAGUAGACAAGGAGAUGGAACAACUGGCCAUAUCCAAUCAGGAUGAAAAGGAAGUGGACACAGCCGAGGUCCAGACGAUUGAGGUCACCGCAGAGGCCAAGGACGAGCCAACGGAAGACAAGAUGGAAGUUGAGGAGGAACCAGCUAACGAGGAGCCUAGCAGGGAAGCAAAGGUUACCGUGACAACCCCAGAGGAGACUCCUGCAUCUCCGGCAGUCCAGAAAGAGGAGGAAGGAAAGAGAGUGGUGUAUAAGCCAACUGCGGAGGAGAUAGGGACUCCAGUGAAGUCUAAGGAUGAGAAGGAGAGGGAUUCGGACUCUGGGAGUAGUUCUGCUGCAGAUAACGGCAGCAUAGACAUGAACCUCUCCAUCUCCAGCUUCCUGACCAAAACCAAGGAGCCAGGAACCCUCUCCAUACAGGAAACCAAGCGCCAGAAGAAGACACUGAAGAAGACCCGUAGGUUCAUGGUGGAUGGAGUCGAGGUUAGCGUGACGACGUCGAAGAUCAUCACCGAUAAUGACACCAAGAAUGAGGAGAUGAGGUUCCUCAGGCGUCAGGAGCUGAGGGAGCUACGUCUCCUGCAAAAGGAGGAACAGAGGGCCCAGCAGCAGCUCAGCAAUAAACUGCAGCAGCAGAAAGAACAGAUAUGCCGCCGCUUCGAACAGGAGACGACCAGUAAGAAGCGCCAGUACGACCAGGAAGUGGAGAACCUGGAGAGACAGCAGAAGCAGACCAUCGAGAGGCUGGAGCAGGAGCACACCAACCGGCUGAGGGACGAGGCCAAGCGCAUCAAGGCCGAGCAGGACAAGGAGCUGUCCAAGUUCCAGAACAUGCUCAAGAACCGCAAGAAAGAGGAGCAGGAGUUCCUGCAGAAACAGCAGCAGGAGCUGGACUGUGCCCUGAAGAAGAUCAUCCAGCAACACAAACACGAGCUGGCCACCAUCGAGAGAGACUGUCUCAACCACAAACAACAGCUCCUCAGAGCACGGGAAGCAGCUAUGUGGGAGCUGGAAGAGCGUCACCUACAGGAGAAACACCAGUUGUUUAAACAACAGCUCAAAGACCAGUACUUCAUGCAGAGACACCAGCUGCUCAAGAGACAUGAGAAGGAGAUGGAGCAGAUGCAGCGCUACAACCAGCGUCUCAUCGAGGAGAUGAAGAACAGGCAGACUCAGGAGAGGGCCCGCUUACCCAAGAUCCAGCGCAGCGAGGCCAAGACACGAAUGGCCAUGUUCAAGAAGAGCCUCCGUAUCACUGGGGGCCCCAUCACACCCGAGCAGGAGAGGGAGAAGGUCAAACAGUUUGCAGCCCAGGAGGAGAAGAGGCAGAAGAAUGAGAGGCUCCACCAGCACCAGAAACAUGAGAACCAGAUGAGAGACCUGCAACUGCAGUGUGACGCCAACGUCAGGGAGCUGCAGCAGUUACAGAAUGAGAAGUGCCACCUCCUGAUAGAGCAUGAGACCCAGAAGCUGAAGGAGCUGGAUGAGGAGCACAGCCUGGAGCUGAAGGAGUGGAGGGAGAAACUACGACCCAGGAAGAAGGCUCUGGAGGAAGAGUUUGCCAGGAAGCUUCAGGAGCAGGAGGUCUUCUUUAAGAUGAGUGGAGAGUCAGAGUGCCUUAACCCCUCGGCCCAGAGCCGCAUCUCCAAGUUCUACCCCAUCCCCAGUGUCCACUCCACUGGCUUCUAGAGGUUAACCCUAUCAUGGCACUCCGGAUGGACAUAAACAUGGGCACACCCACAUAUUGAAGGCACACACAACACACGAUGAACAGAUAUACACACUCCAGAUGGAUACACACACACACACACACAAAAUAGACGGGCACACACACACACACUAAUAAGACUGAGCCUCUGCUGCCUUGCCCCGUCUCCGCUGAUGACAGUCAGGGGGACGAAGGGGGCUAUCUCCAAGGGGUGUGUUUGUACCCCUCUAAGGGUGUGUGUACCCAUCUAUCGGUUUCUGGAAGAGGAUGGGACAGUACCCCUCAAGCUACAGACUGUGUUAAUCAUGAAUACCCUUUUAAUGGUGAUCUGUUAUAUAAUUUACCCCUUUUUCAUUGUAUAGGGUCGUGUUCAGUUGGGCACACCGUAGCAAAAGUUUGAAUCUGUGUUCUUAUUGUAGAAGUAGUACCUCCCUGUUUCACUCCAUUUCAAAACGUUUUCCACUGACUGAACACAACCAGUUUUAUUAUUACUGUCUUAUAGCUUCCUCUUUUGAAAUGAGUUAUGAAGGAGAUUCCUGACAUUAUGCAUUUUCAAAUUCGAUACUUUGGCACCGUGUUACUCCAAUCCUUGCCUCUAAGUCACUAACGUGUCUCAGGCAGAUUUAGUAUUUUAAUUGCUGAUUCUUUUUAAUUUGUGAAUCUUUUUUUUUUCUUGAAUAAUCUAGUGCCUGAAUAAUUUUAUUUAAAUGGACUGGCUUUUCAAAUGUAAGCUUCCUCUGAUAAAACAAAUGCUGCUCGAUUUUUAUUUCAUUAGUUAUUUGCACUAAAUAAAAAGGAUAAAGUAAAAUGUUAUACCACUGAAGUCCAGUAUAAUGUACUUAUAUAUUCAAUAUCUAUGGUGAUGUUUGAGAGAGCUAAUGAUAUGAUAAGAAUGUACUUUUGGUAAAAGAUGAGCAGCACAUUUUUUAUAGUGAAUUUUGACAUAGGCAUGAUAUAUUUUAUAUGCAUCACACAUAUCUUCAUAAGAUAUUGAAUUUAGUUUCAAAUGGACUAGGGAGUGACUGCCUGAAGUUGUGCAUGGAUUUGAAUGCAAGUUCAACUUCUUAUGCUAUAAUUAUGGUAUCAAAUGUUAUUUUUUGGAGCUUAUAAACAACAGUUUGGGAUUUC